AUGGUAAACAGCAAGCUUGACAAAGAAGAUAGCAGAUUCAUGCUUGUCAUGUUUAAACAGCAAGAAUUUGAAGCCAAGUUCCUAAAACCAAAUGAAGCAUGUGAGCCGGCAGAAGAUCAGGCAGGACACUUGAUAGCGCGCAGGCAUAACUCCAGCUUGCGGCUGUUAAUUAUUAUAAUAACCAUGUUUAUCUUACGGCAUUCAGCGGAAUCGUUCAAUAAGUGGUAUUUUUACUGGCUUACAUUAUCAGUUGCGUAUAGUACUCUCCUUCCUGAGCAGCGAAAGGACAUGAUCAUGAGAUGGGAUUUGUGCUGCUGGAACGCAUCAUAUUCGCAGCCUGAUUUUUUAAAAAUGGUUCCCUGGUAUUCUGGGACAUCAGCUGAACUAUACAAAACUAUAUAUGACCUCAUGGUGUCAGUAAAUAUCUUCCAAGGUCGCUUUGACUUGCGCAUUUUGCAGGCAGCUAUGAAUCAACAGGAGAAUUUGUUGCAUGAUUUUAGUGAAAAUGGAGAAGAGCUGUGGUUUGACUUCAUGGCUGAUACUGGUGAUGGUGGGGAUUCAACAUAUACUGUGGCACGGCUACUUGCUGAGCCUCACAUUUGUUUUGGUAGCCGUAUCUUAAAACGCGGAGACUUGCUACUCAUUGGAGGGGAUCUUGCGUAUCCUAAUCCGUCAAAGUCUACAUAUGAACAACGCCUCCUCCGUCCUUUCGAGUAUGCUCUUGAGCCGCCUGACAAUUUUGAGGAGGAUCAUCGUGAUGGACCUCAAUGUUUCGUUAUUCCCGGAAAUCAUGAUUGGUUUGAUGGUCUUCGUACCUUUACGAAGUAUAUAUGCGAGAAGAGGUGGUUGGGCGGGUGGUUUAUGCCUCAGAAGACGACUUAUUUCGCUUUGAAACUUCCUCAAAGAUGGUGGAUAUUUGGUCUUGAUCUUGCACUAGAUGGUGAUAUCGAUACCUACCAAUUCCAAUUCUUUUCAAAAAUCAAGAUAGAAAACAAUGAUUCGGUGAUCGUUAUGACGCAUGAACCGGACUGGCUUCUUGAUUGGUAUGACGGUAAAACUGAUGUUGACAGAGAGAAUCUCUCAAAUCUUAUAUGCAAAACUUUGAAAGAAAGGUGUAAGCUUCGAAUUGCUGGGGACAUACAUCACUAUAUGCGCCACUCAAUGGUUGAAUCGAAUAUUGAUUCAGUUUAUGCCCAACAUCUGCUUGUAAAUGGUUGUGGGGGAGCAUUUGCCCAUCCCACCCAUGUAUUUGGUGAUUUUAAAGAAUCUCAUGGAGUUUCCUAUGGGUGUAGAGCUAGUUAUCCUGACAAAAAAAGGUCGAGGAGGCUUGGAUUUCAAAAUAUUCUAAAGUUUAAAAGGGAGAAUUGGCGGUUUGAUUAUGUUGGUGGCAUUAUGUACUAUAUGUUGGCCUUUUCUGUGUUCCCACAGUGUGAGCUUCAUCACAUCUUUGAAGUAGACUCCAAGUUGGGUUUUUGGAGAACUUGUUUCCGCACGCUGUGGAAUGCUUUUAUAUACAUGCUGGAACACUCUUACGUUUCUCUAGGAGCCGUUAUGCUGCUGCUAAUUGUGGCAUUUGCACUUGCACCCUCCAAAGUUUCAAGGAAGAAAAGGGUAGUGAUGGCAAUUCUUCACGUUUCUGCGCACCUAGUUGCAGCUCUAAUUCUUAUGUUGGCGUUGGAACUGGGUCUUGAGUUGCUUACCCGCCAUAAACUAUCAGCAACUACUUCAGGUUAUGAACACUCUUCACAUGAUCACCAGCAUUACGAAUCCCCUGAAAUUAGUCACUUUCCUCCUCCAAAUGGCACAAGAGCAACGAUAGAAAAGUGGUGGUUUCGCAAGCUUUAUCAUGGGACGUUUGCCGAGAUCAUCAUGCUUACAUUUGAUCUGCCAAAGUUCAUCGCUGUCACGCGGAGCAAUAUUUGCAAGAAUGGGAUGGCGUCUCUCUCUCGAUUUGAGACAAUUCUUUAUUAUGGUUGUGUCUUCCUUUAUUUCUGGCCCUUGUCGACCUUUGUAGUUUCCCAUGUGGUUGGAUUCUACCUAUACAUCUGCGUCAACUGGUUAGACUUGCACUAUGACGAAGCCUUCUCCUCUCUUAGGAUUGCUGAUUACAAGGGCUUCACAAGAUUUCACAUCAAAGCUGACGGUGAUCUUGAAGUUUUCACCCUUGCAGUUGACAAGGUGCCACGGGCAUGGAUGGAGAACCCUAAAUGGCAGCGGGAGAAGAAGAUUGACCCUGAGCGAUCCAGCCACAAAAGAUGGUUUCCCAGCAAAUGGAUGGCAGAUUAUCCGUGCAAGGACCCGUUGGAAAGUGUGAAGAUUAUUGACCAGUUCGUCAUUGGAAGAGAGAAUAGGCCAGCCUAGUACCAACCAAGCUCAUAAUUAU